AUGGGGAGCGGCAACGGAAUUCUGGGCUGCCUGCGUCGUCGCGGCAGCCGCGCCGGCCAUGAGAAGCGCAUAAGGUCUUCCGCCGCUGAUAAUGCUUCUUCUGAGUCACAAGCAACUGCGAAAUCCAAACAAUCGGAAUCGGACAGUAGACCCGUGGAGGAGAAACGUGCUCCUGCGGAUACCCCUAAGGGGUUUGUGAUGACUGGAUUUGGCAACAACGAUGUUGAAGAGUGGGACGACAGGGCAUUGGCGUCUCUCUUGGGCGGAAAGCCAACCAAUCUAGACGAGUUGGCGGAAACCGAUGCUAGUGACAAUGCGGCGUGGCGCGUGCCAGUCGUGCUAUCGGACGGGUCGGUGUACUGCGGCCAGUGGCGAGGCCGGGUGAGGCACGGGACCGGAAAGCAUUUCGCCAUGGACGGAAGCCGUUACGUGGGCUCGUUCGCCAACGAUUUAUACGACGGCGCGGGCGAGGUGAAGUACAUGAACGGGGACAGCUUCAAGGGCGUCUUUAAAAAAGGCCUGCGCAACGGGAAGGGCGUGAUAACGUACUCCAACGGCGACAUGUUCGACGGCAACUGGCGUAACAAUGUGCGUCAAGGUUUCGGGGUUGAGCGUUUCUCCGACGGCUCGGUGUACAUGGGCAUGUUCAAGAACAACAAGCGCGAGGGCGCCGGUGAGCUGAGGAUGAGCAACGGCGUGGUGUACGAGGGCACGUUUGACAACGACGUCACUGGCAAGGGCCGGAUGGUUUGGCCCACCGGCGAGAGCUAUGUGGGCGAGUUCCGGAACGGUUACAAGCACAACUACGGCGUGACGACGUACCGCACUGGGCCCGUGCUCAGCGAGAAGGGCCCCUAUGCCAUGGGUCGCAUGCAUGGCCUGUUUGAAUGCGUAAUGCGAGACGGGCACGUGCUGAGGUGCAUCUACCAAAACGGCAAAUUGGUCGAGGACGUGACCAACAGGAAGAGCGCGGCAAAGUUAAUGGCUCCGCCACCUGUGCCCACAGUGGAUGCUGGGGGUUUGGUCCUUGUUGACGAGUUACCAGACAACAAGGUCGUAUGA